AUGAAGAACAAUACAAUUUUCAAAUUUAAUACAGAUUUGCAUGAUGAAAAGAUGCGAAAAUUGGUACGCUCGCUUUCUCUCAUAGUUUUUGUAAAUAUUGGUGGCUAUUUUAUUGUUAUGCUAUUAGUUAUUUUAUGGCAACUUUUGGGGGUUUCAGAAAUUGAUAUUUGGUUUUUAAAAGUUUAUUUUGGAAUUAUAAUUAAUAUAUCCGCAGCAUCUAAUGGUCCUAUUCUUUUUUUCAACAGGUUUGGGGAUUUAAUUUAA